AAAAAAAAAGUAAAAAUAGUCACAUAUAAUAUACCGCCACCACAAACUGAAUUAUUUUUUUUUUUUUGGUUAUUGACACCAUCAUAACCACUACCCACACUAUUUGGGAAGUUUACACAAAUAUAUACAUAUUUAUACACGCCUAUUCUUUUAUUUUAUAUUGUUUAAUAAUGGCUAAAGGAAAACAAGCAGCUGGAAAUAAAGGCAAAGGCUCAGGAGAAAAAAAGAGCGAUGGAAAGUUGAAACCUGCUCAAAGCAUCAAAGUUAGACAUAUUCUUUGUGAAAAGCAUAGCAAAGUUAUGGAAGCUUUGGCUAAGAUUAAAGAAGAAAAUAUGAGAUUUGAUAAGGUCGCAGAAGUUUAUAGCGAGGAUAAAGCUAAAGCAGGAGGCUCUCUUGGUUGGAUGAACCGUGGAAGUAUGGUUGGUGCAUUUCAAGAUGCAGCUUUUGCUUUACAACCUAGUACUUGUGAUAAGCCAAUCAUCACUGAUCCUCCAGUAAAGACACAAUUCGGAUAUCAUAUUAUUAUGGUGGAAGACCGCAAAUAAUGUCAUAAUCAUAAAUAAACUUGCUUUUUUUUUUUUAUAAAUACACAUGUAUAAAUUGCAAGCAGGGCAAAGAAGAGCAUGCAUAAAAGAAUUCAUUC